AAAACUUAUAAUAUGAGAUCAUGGAGAAAUAACGAUUAUAUUGAACAUCUUAUUGUGAAACAAAAAAGGGGUCUUUUUCCACCUCUCCACCUCUAAAAAUAUUCCUUUAUUUGGAUCAACCCUUUACUUCGUUUUGCAUGUGCAUUUAGCAACUUUUUAGCUCCAAAUUGGAAUUUGUCUUAACAUUUAAGAAAUAAAUCAACUUCGAUUUAGACUUGACCAAAUUUAUAAGAAAAUCCCGUCAAAAAUGUGAGUUGUAAUGUACUACUAAAUGCUCCCUUUUUAGCAACUUCCUUGACUCCUUGGUUUUCACAGUGACCUCAUUCACAUCAUCUCACUCUCUUCUCUCUACCAUCGUGUCUUGCAAAAUUCUUUGGGUUAAUCAUACAACAAGAAUUUAAGGAAACUGAUUGAUUAACAGCAUUAUCCAUGCAGACCUGCUACUGAAAUUAAGUCGGACAUUGUUAGCAGUGCCCAUUGUGAUGCCUCUGAUAUUCUUUCUUCCAGAGGUCCUUUGAACUCAACCUUCAAGUAUGUGCUAUGCGGGGAAUGGGGGAAGACUAUUGUAUCAUGUUAAAGGAAGUAUAUGAACGCUAAUUAAUACAUUGCUGUCUUCAUGCUUUUCAAGAAAUCUGUUGAUAUGGACGAGGGAAGAUCUUCUAAUUCUCUGCAGCCCCGUGUUCCCAACUUUCAUGCUAGUGAUCUCAGCCCUUGGCAUGGCGUGAUUUCCUAUGAUGCAUGUGUACGAUUAUGUCUCACCUCGUGGGCGAAGGGCUCUAAAGAAGCGUCAUUCUUCUUAAAUAAUGAAUGUGCAACCCUACAAGAUGCUUUUAGUUUGCGGCAUGUACUUCUCCAGUCAGAGGAGGAAAUUAUGUCAAGAAGAUCUUCAGAGCUAAUUAGUGGAGCUGCUGCUUCUAAACCAAAGAAAACAAUAGGAAAAAUUAAAGUGCAAGUGCGAAAGGUGAAGAUGUCGUUGGAUACUCCAUCUGGCUGUGUUUUCCCACAAAUGCCAAAAGUGGACCUUGAAACAUUUCACUCUCAUGUCUCCAAUGUUAAAACAAAACUCGCAUUGAAAUGGGAAGCUCUACAAAGAGUCCAAGCAGCACGUCAUGUACCAAAAAACGGCUCUCUUUCAAGUAAAAGUUUGGCAUAUGUGCAUGUUGGUGCUCAAUACAUGAAGGAGAUUGGAAUCAUUUUGAAAAGUGGCUUGCCUUCUUCUCAGACCACAGAAUCACAAAUUGUGCAAGAAACAUACAUUUGUAUGGUGCGUCUGAAAAGCUCUUCUAACAAAGAUGCAGUGCGGAUGCAACCGGGCUCUGGUGAAACUCAUAUUUUCUUUCCGGAUAGUCUUGUUGAUGAUCUGAACAUUACGAUCCUGGACUCAAAAGGCAAUCAUUGUGGGUGUGCUGUGGCUCAAGUUGCAUCGAUCAUGGAUGCCAAUAAUGACAGGAUUCGUUGGUGGUCAAUAUACCAUGAGCCGGAUCAUGAACCGAUUGGCAAAGUCCAAUUGUACAUAAAUUACUCGACAAGUCAAGAUGAAUAUAGCCAUCUGAAGUGUGGUAUUGUUGCGGAAACUGUUGCAUAUGAUCUUGUCCUGGAGGCUGCAAUGAGAUCCCAACAUUUUCAGCAAAGGAACUUGUUGUUGCAUAGUCAAUGGAAGUGGAUUGUGACUGAAUUUGCAUCUUUCUAUGGUGUUUCAGAUGCAUAUACUAAGUUGCGAUAUCUUUCAUAUGUUAUGGAUGUUGCUACACCAACUGCAGAUUGUUUGCUUUUGAUUCAUGAUCUGCUGUGUCCUGUGAUUGUGAAGGGCAAUGAUUUGAGUCACCAAGAGAAACGCAUCCUAGGAGAAGUAUCUGAUAAAGUUGAGGAGGUUCUUGCUCUUGUAUUUGAGAACUACAAGUCCUUGGAUGAAACAUUGCUCUCAGGGCUGACUGCUGGUUUUAAGUCAGCAACUGGAAUUGUUCCUCCCGCUAUUGCCCCAGCUAUCAAACUUUAUGGUCUUCUACAUGAUAUACUGUCUCCUGAAGCAAGAUUAAGAUUCUGCAAAUUCUUUCAGGUUGCUGCAAAAAAAAGGUCAAGAAGACAUUUAGGAGAAAUAGAUGAAUCUGUCUUCAGCAAUGAGGGCGCCACAAUGGACAAUGGGACAUGUACAACUGUGUAUCAAAAGAUGAAAUCCCUUUGUCUGGUCGUGAAAAAUGAAAUUCGUACAGACAUUGAGAUGAACACUCAAAAUAUUCUUCCCAGUUUCUUGGACCUUCCAAAUCUUACUUCAUCGAUAUAUAGUGCUGAGCUCUCUGCCAGAUUAUGCACCUUUCUUAAGGCAUGCCCUCCUACUGGACCGUCGCCUCCAAUUACGGAACUUCUCAUAACUGUAGCCGACUUUGAAAGAGAUCUGGCUUUGUGGAAUAUGAACUCUGUCAAGGGUGGAGUUGAUGCAAAGGAGUUAUUUGGCUCUUAUAUAAGCAACUGGAUAAAGGAUAAGCAUGUAACUUUACUUGAUUUCUGCAGAGCAAACGUGGUGAAAGCCUCUGAUUCAAAGGCUCAACAGCUGACAUGCUCUUUCAUUGAUGAAAUAUAUGAUCAGUUGGGGGAGACAUUGAAUGAAUAUGAAAUCAUUGUUCGUAGAUGGCCAGAAUAUGCUGUUGUCUUGGAGAGUGUCAUGGCAGAUGUUCAGAAUGCUGUAGUGGAGGCCCUGGAGAAACAAUUUGCUGAUGCUUUGUCGCCAUUGAAGGAUAAUCUUACUAACCUGGGCCUUAAAUAUGUUCAGAAAUUCGCGAAGAGAACUGAUGGCUUUUAUUCGGCACCUGCAGAGCUUGGGAUCUUUUUAAAUUCCAUGAGAAGAAUGCUUGAUGUGCUGCUUCCCAAAAUUGAGCUCCAGUUGAAGUCCUGGAGUGCUUGCAUUAAUGAUGCUGGAACUGCUGUUCCAGGAGAGCGUCUUACAGAAGUUACUAUAAUGCUCAGAGCCAAGUUCAGAAACUACAUGCAAGCAGUUCUUGAGAAGCUUGUGGAGAAUACUAGACUGCAAAGUUCAACUAAGUGGAAGAAAAUCAUUCAAGAUUUCAAAGAAACUUCUGCUGAGACGGAUGUACAGAGCCGAAUGCAGCCCCUACAGGAUUUGGUGUCAAAAAUUAUAGAGCAUCUUCACUCAAUACUCGAAAAUUGUGUAUUUCUAACUGUCUGCCGAGGUUUUUGGGAUAAGAUGGGACAGGAGGUUCUAAAUUGUUUGGAGAAUAACAAUGACAACAGAUCCUGGUAUAAGGGACUGCGAAUUGCUCUCCAUGUCUUAGAUGAAACUUUCACUUCACAAAUGCAGCAGUUACUGAGCUAUCGUGUUCAAGAAAAGGAUUUAGAGCCACCCAGGUCUAUUCUAGAAGCCCAUUCCAUGCUUCAGUAGUAGAAAUACGUAAGCAGCAAAAAGGGCUCUUAUUUCUACAAAGGAGACUAUAUUUCUUGAGAGGUGGUUUAGUCAUCAGUGGCGGGGAGACGGGUUCGGGUUAAAAGUUUUAGGGGUUCAAUCUCGUCUCUGGUAUCCUAGCAACCAAAAGUUUCUGGUAAGAAGCUGUGUUACCUCCACAUGUAUAUCUACACAAAAUUUUCCCAGAGAAAACUCCAAAUUUUGCUCAUUGUUAGCAGUUAGGUGUGUAUAAAAUAGCUUUUUUGCACUUUUCGGGGUGGGGGGUUAGCUUCUUUUUUUUCUUUGUUAUCUUCCCCAUUUGUGCAUCGAUUCUUAAUUCGAUAUAUGGUAAAACAAAAAAGAACAUUUGAAUGAAGUAUAUACUUAGCAAGUAAGCAAGAAAACUGAUUAUGAGGUUACGUUGCUUGGAAGACUUUUCGAUAUUAUAUCCUGCUACGUUACUUUUUCUA